AUGAAGUCUUUCGGCUUGGUCCUUUUGGCAGCAUUUUUUACCCUCUGUCGGGCACAGUUUCAAGUUCUAGAUGCUGAGACCAUUGCAAACAGCACUUCUGUGACAUUUUCUGAUGCUUGCCUAACUGCUUUGCAGGGCACUGUGAACUGCAACAGCAGCUUGGUGAAUAUUGCCGCCGCAGAUGAUGUUUAUGGCAUUAACAAUAAUACAUACGCCUACCUUUGCACCGAUAGCUGUGGAGAUGUGUACUGGGCGAGCUACAAUCUGUCUUGUUUGGCAGAUCCCACCUCCUGGGCGUCAUGCAUUGAGUUAUACCAGUUUCUCCAAAAGACGCCAUAUUCAUACUACGAUUCCGAGAUGGCAUCCGAUUGGUCUUCUAUACAAAGUCUUUGCAACGUCAGUCAUCCAACAGACGUCCCAAAGAAUCCCACCAAUGUCACUGAUAUUGCCGGAUUUGCGCCUGCAAGCUAUACUUCGCCAACUUGUUUGUCAGAAGCGACGUACACGGUUAUUUCAGGGGAUAAUUGCAUUGCUAUUUCGCAAGCGCAAAAUGUUUCCACUGGGACACUUAUAUCACUCAAUAACUUGCUCCCCGAUUGUUCUAACCUUGACGGUAACCCAACCCAACCACUCAGCGCACGGCCACAUAUGUCGCUCCAAAUAUCUGGAGAUACUUGUGAAAGUAUCUAUAAUGAAGCAGGCAUCAUUUUUGUCCAAUUAACUUCCUGGAACCCGACUAUCAACAGUUACUACGACUGCAGCCUCGUCAUGCUCAAUAAUAUCAUCACAGUCAGUCUGUUUGAGGCGAUCAACCCAUCAAUCAAUGCUGGAUGUACCAACUUGGUUCCUGGGUUGGCUUAUUGUGUGCGUCCAGUGGCAAACUGGAACAGCACCAACGCGACUACAACUACGACGGCUUCCUAUGUUACUGCGCCGGCACCAACACCUUCUGGCACCACAUCUGAUUGCUACGAGUGGUAUGUGAUUGUCAGUGGAGACUACUGUGCUCUUCUAGAGAGUAAGUAUGGAAUUACUUUUACGCAGUUGCUGGCCUGGAACUCGAAUUUAAAUUCGACGUGUGGAAAUCUCAUUCUGGGAGAUGCAUACUGUGUGGAUGGACCAAGAAAUGUGUCAUGUACCAGCGGGAUUGCUUCUGCGACGGCGGUUUCGACGGCGCUGAAUCUUUGA